AGCGGGACCCGGAAGUAAUUACGGAGCUGGGCCGGGAAGUCGGAAUCUGGAUUGUUUGCCGUCGUUUCUACGCCCUCGCUGGUCCUGGCCCGGCCAGCGCCGCCGCCGCCGCCAUGGGGAAGCGACAGCAUCAGAAGGACAAGAUGUACAUUACCUGUGCUGAAUACACUCACUUCUAUGGUGGCAAGAAACCAGAUAUUCCACAAGCAAAUUUUCGUCGUUUGCCUUUUGAUCACUGCAGUCUCUCUCUGCAGCCCUUCGUCUACCCAGUCUGCACCCCUGAAGGCGUCGUCUUUGACUUGCUUAACAUCGUCCCUUGGCUUAAGAAGUAUGGGACCAACCCCAGCAACGGAGAGAAAUUGGACGGGAGGUCCCUGAUCAAGCUGAACUUUGCAAAGAACAAGGAAGGAAAGUACCACUGCCCAGUGCUGUUCACCGUGUUCACCAACAACACCCACAUCGUAGCUGUCAGGACCACUGGCAACGUCUACACCUAUGAGGCAGUGGAGCAGCUAAAUAUCAAGGCCAAGAACUUCCGAGACCUGCUGACGGACGAGCCCUUCUCUCGGCAGGACAUCAUCACCCUCCAGGACCCCACCAAUUUGGACAAAUUCAACGUCUCCAAUUUCUUUCAUGUGAAGAAUAACAUAAAAAUAACAGAUCCUGAUGAAGAAAAGGCCAAACAGGACCCAUCUUAUUAUUUGAAAAAUACAAACGCCGAGACCCGCGAGACGCUGCAGGAGCUCUACAAGGAGUUCAAAGGGGACGAGGUCCUGGCGGCCACCAUGAAGGUCCCCGAGAAGAAGAAAGUGGACAAGCUGAAUGCUGCGCACUAUUCCACUGGGAAGGUCAGCGCCUCCUUCACCUCCACCGCCAUGGUUCCAGAGACCACGCACGAAGCAGCUGCCAUUGAUGAGGACGUGCUGCGCUACCAGUUUGUGAAGAAGAAGGGCUACGUGCGGCUGCACACCACCAAGGGCGACCUCAACCUGGAGCUGCACUGCGACAUGACGCCAAAGACCUGUGAAAACUUCAUCAAGCUCUGCAAGAAGCAGUAUUACGACGGCACCAUCUUCCACAGAUCCAUCAGGAACUUUGUGAUCCAGGGGGGUGACCCCACCGGCACAGGCACAGGCGGGGAGUCAUACUGGGGAAAGCCCUUCAAAGACGAGUUCCGGCCCAACCUCUCGCACACGGGCCGGGGCAUCCUCAGCAUGGCCAACUCGGGGCCCAACGCCAACAAGUCUCAGUUCUUUAUCACCUUUCGCUCCUGCGCGUACCUCGACAAGAAGCACACCAUUUUCGGGCGGGUUGUUGGGGGCUUUGACACACUGACAGCCAUGGAGAACGUGGAGAGUGACCCCAAAACCGACCGCCCUAAGGAGGAGAUCCGCAUCGACUCCACCACGGUGUUUGUGGACCCCUACGAGGAGGCCGAUGCUCAGAUUGCUGAGCAGCGCAAGACGACACAGCUCGAGGAGGCAGCCCCAGAAAGCACGGGAAAAACCCACCAGCCCAAGCCGGGGAGCCAGGGCCCCCAGACGUACCGCCAGGGGGUGGGCAAGUACAUCAACCCAGCGGCCACGAAACGGGCAGCAGAGGAAGAGCCUUCCACCAGCACAGCUGUCCCUGUGGCCAAGAAAAAGCCCAGCCGAGGCUUUGGGGACUUCAGCUCAUGGUAGCAGCAGGUCUGCCCCUCUGGAGCCCCGGAGGGACUCAGGGCUGGGGGCCUGUGUCCACACCACGGAGUUCUCUGCCCUUCCGACUACAGCUUACUAAAGCUCUUGCUUGUUGCCGGAGUCCCCUUUCCUGGCCCUCGGAGUCCACGGGCCUUCCCAGCCUUCACUCGGUACGGUGGCCCCGGGCCGAGCCCGAGCCCACGUCUCGGACUGCCAGGCAUGGGCUGUGGCCCUUAGGCCCGCCUGCAGCGUGGGCUGGGGAGGAAGGCAGAGUCUCCUGCCUCUGGCUCUCCUACCCUCCCGCACCCCAUCUGCGUCCCCUCGGGGACUGUUUACUCAGUGGGGCACCUGGGACCUGGUUAGAAACACAGGCUCGCAGAGCCCGGACCUCCUCCUCUGGGGCCGCGGGGUGGGCGCUGCACCUAUGUGCUGCCACACGCUGGGGAGCUCCUGCCGCCUGUGGCUUGAGGACCCUGACCAGAGCCGGUCCAGGUGGGGGCUGCGCCCAGGACCCCCUGCCCCUCUGCCUCAGGAUGGUAAGCAGAGCGCACGUGGGAGCUGCUGCCCACCCCCCCGCCCCCCGGGGCCUGACUUUGUGCUCAAACACUCGACCCCUCACCCCGGCACUAGGGCUUCCAGACCGGCCUCACCAGCGUUUCCGGACUUAAAGAAUCCCUUCCCUUGAUUUUAUUUUUCUAUAAAUGUAAAAAAAAAAAAAAAAAAACCUUAACAUUUGCAGGCCCGCCCUUUGUUUUCUGUUCAUUCUGUAGUCGUGCCAGCGUGGCUUCCCUGCUCCUGACCUUGAUGCCACUACCUCGGCUUUCCCAGAGCACCUCUGCAGAAGCGUGGCGACAGCUGCCCACCCCUCACAUGCACUCCGAGGCCUGUUGUCCUCGGGUUGGCACGGGCCAUGACCCCCCCUCCCCCCAACCAGCUGGUCACACUGCAAACUUCAGGCUUGGUCCUUGGUUCUUCUUUCCUUCACCCAAACCUCAAAUCCAUCGGCAAGUGUCCACAGCAGCUCCAGAACAUACCUGGGCUCCCCCUUUUCCACCUCUGAUGCCGAACCCCAGACCCAAGCCUGGUCUCUCGCUGCCUCCGUGCAAGCCCCUUGUGCACGUCCACGCAGGUGCCAUCUGGGCCCCCUUCCCAGAGCUCGUCCGCCCGCUGUCCUCUUGCUUCACACCAGUCACGGGCUGUCCUGUGUAUGGAGAACAAGGGCUGUGCUCCCCACGCACCCUGUCCCUCCGUAGUCCUCUGCCUGUGGCUGCAGCCAGGGGCCAGGGCUUUAGAGAGCGCCCGCUCACCCCUCUGCCCGGGGCCAGGCCCUCGUCGUCCUCCCUCACGACCUCCUCACCACGACCCCUCCCGGCUACACCGCAACAUCAGUUAGCUGCUGAGAGGCUUACACUCCAGUGUUUGUGCCCAGGAUGCCUCCAAGAGCCUGUGCACCCAGGAGAGGGCUGCGUGCAGGGACAGCCGUGUAAAUGCACAGCUGCCAGUGGCUCAGGGUGCGGGUGGGGGUGGAGGCCCUGGAGAGGGAGGGUCCCAGACGGCUCCCGGACUCCUCAGCCUUUAGGGGCGGGGGGAGCCCAGGUGAGGCUUUCUCGGGCUACGUACACCAGCCCCCCACCCUCCUCCCAGACUUGCCGGGUGGGGAGCCCGGUGGCUCAUGUCACCACAUGGGACCAGAGUGGACACAGGACGAUCUCGGAGACCCCCCAGACCCAGAGCUCCCAGCAUCAGAGCAGAGCGCCCGAGACAGGAGAUGCUACCGGGAAGGACACCAUCUGACAGUGGAAGCUUUAUUUUUCAACCUCACAAAGACACAGAGGACAGAGGGCUGGACAUGGAGGCUGAAGGAGGCUUGUGCAUGUGAGCGUGGCAGUCCUGCUCCAAGGGGCAAACCUUCUGGCUGCUGUCCAUCUGUCCGUCCUUCCAGCUGUGCCCAGCGACCACACCAACCUGGCCCAAGGCAUGACAGCCAGGCCACCCUGGGCUGCAGGUGCACCCAAGAGCCUUUCACAAAGGAGGGUUUACAUUGCUGUAGGUCGUUUUGGAACUUAAAUUAGUUUUCUAGAUAUUAAAACCACUUGGAUUUUUUAUAAGUACCUGGUGAGGUCCUCAGGUAAAUUAAAGGGCUUUUGGAAAAAUU